AUGCAAGAACUGGAGGAAGCUGAAUUGCCAGACAAUAUUGUUAUUUUUCCAACUGAUAACGCAAAGAGUUUGAUAAAGUUGGCAUCACUGUGCGAAGAAGUAAUAAACCCCUACUGCUUUCUAGGGCCAAGACCAGACGAAUCGAUAGUAAGAACAUUAGCACAAAUUACUUGCACACUUGCCCACUAUAAUUAUUCCCCGCGUAGAACGGUUUAUCCCGGAGGAGAUGGUAUUGAUAUACGGCUUCUGAUAUUGGCCAUAAAGCAAGGCAAAGUCAUGGGAAACUAUUCUUCUAAUCGGAAGAACUAUUACAUGGAUUCCGAGACAUUUCUCGACCUUGAAGAGUUUCAAGCAUUAGCUAAAACUGACCAUGGAUUGGUAAAACCAGUUGUAAUCAUGAAGCGAAAUGAUCUCGAUGCAUUCUUUUUAGCUACCAAUGCUCCUGGCAGAAGUGCGUAUAACAGAGUAGAGCGCAGAAUGGCUCCACUUCGGGAACUGGCUGGUUUGAUAUUGGCUCAUGACCAUUUUGGGUCUCAUUUUGAUGAACAUUUAGAAAGAUCCAAUUUCGAGUUUUCUGGAAAUGUGUUAGCUGAGGUAUGGAGUUCAAUGGAAAUUGAUGGUUAUCAUGUUACUGCAAAAUAUGUUGGGCCGGGCGAACAAGACCUUUCUGAUUUUCCAGACAUUAAAUGCAGUAACAUACUUCAGACCCUUUUAGGCAACCCCAAAGAAAAGAUUCAUAGAAUUGAAAAGUCGGGGAUCUACGAAAUAAACUAUCCAGAUUGUGACAAGAAAUAUGUUGGACAAACCAAACGAUUCAUCCAAAUAAUACGUAAGGACCCUUAUCUGGCACUAUCAGGUCUGACAGUUACCCUAUCAAAGCUUCAAUCAGCACCGGUGGAGAUUUUGGCACGUUUCUCGCCUUUGAGAUACGGCCUUUUGGACUCAGAGCGGUCGAUCGGGUACAUAGGCGAUAUUUCAUCGAGAAUCAUGGUCUCGAGAUUUUACGUCGACCCCCCGGAAAGGUCGACGUCUGCCGAUUUCGGAGAGAAUUCCUUCCGGACGGCGGUCAGCGUCGUCCAUCCGUGGAAAACAAUACGCCAUGGACAAUAA